CGAAAAGACAAAAAAAAGAAAAAUGUUUGAGAGGAUCGGAAUCUCUCUCUUUUCAGUCCUCCGUCUCUGACACUUCACGGUUAUAUCAACACGAACCCCACGCCUUCGGCUUUCGCUUGCUCUUCCCCCCACGCCCCAUUCCCAUUACUUAUUUUUCAUUCAACCAACCUCCAUCUUUUUCUCUCUUCACAUCAAUGCCUAUGGCUAUGCCUACUCACCACGACGACGCUCCACCACCAGUCCCCCUCGACCCUUACAAGCAAUCUCUUCUCAACCGCCACACCGAGAAUCACUUCACCGCAGGCGACAUCGUCCGCGAUAUCAUCAUCGGCGUCUCUGACGGUCUCACCGUCCCUUUCGCCCUCGCCGCUGGUCUUUCCGGCGCAAACGCCUCUUCUUCUAUUGUUCUCACCGCUGGAAUCGCUGAAGUCGCAGCUGGCGCUAUCUCGAUGGGACUCGGCGGGUAUCUUGCGGCGAAGAGUGAAGCGGAUCAUUAUAUGAGAGAAUUGCGGAGAGAGCAAGAAGAAAUCGUUGCAGUUCCCGAUACUGAAGCAGCAGAAGUAGCAGAGAUAUUGGCACAGUACGGAAUCGAACCACACGAGUAUGGUCCAGUUGUGAAUGCUCUUAGGAAGAGGCCUCAGGCUUGGUUGGAUUUCAUGAUGAAGUUUGAAUUAGGAUUGGAAAAGCCAGAUCCUAGAAGAGCUCUACAAAGUGCUUUCACAAUUGCAUUGGCUUACAUAUUGGGGGGAUUGGUGCCUCUCAUUCCUUACAUGUUUAUUACAAACGUGACGAGAGCCGUGACCGCAUCUGUUGCAUUGACACUAGUAGCAUUGCUCGUGUUCGGGUAUGCGAAGGGUUACUUCACUGGUAACAAGCCCUUUAAAAGUGCCAUCCAAACCACCCUCAUUGGAGCUAUUGCGUCUGCAGCUGCUUUUGGCAUGGCCAAGGCUAUACAACAAUGAACUAACCAACCUCCCCAUGACAACCUCUAAUCAGAGAGUCCCCGUCCCCCAGGGUCACUUCUUUAGUCUAAUAUCAGAGAUUAUUUGCUACUUUCAUUAGUUUUGUCUUGUUUAGUCUAAUCUCAGAACAUUAUUCAAUACUUUCAUUAGUUGUCAGUUUAGGCCCAGAAAUGAGAACAUUUGAUGUGGUUUUUAAAGCAUUUUGUCAUAUGCAGGAUUCAAUUUUCUAAGAGCAACAAAUAUGUUUGAAAAUCUUUUCCAGUCCUUGAAUCUUAGGCUUGGUGUACGUCUCAUUUUAUAACAAUUGAGUUCCUAUA